UAGCAUAGAAGAGUCAGUGCGACUUUCGAAACAAUACUUAGCACACACGAAUUGCCAGUGUCCACAUCAGUGGCGUGGUAUGCCAAAGUACUACAUAUUACAGUGGCCAAGUUUGUUCAUUUAUUGAACACCUCUUUGACGAAAAUGACCUCUACUGCAAGUCAACUGGAACGAAGUCUAAGAAUACUUCAGAUCUCAGAGUCUGACUCGCAAGAAACAUCUACCGCGGUACAAUGGGUGCCCUCUAAAUACUACAGCUCAGACGCAUCUCAGUGCGUUCUCGUAAAGCCUCCCCGGGCUGCGUGCGGCAACCGUCAGCUGUUUGGUUUUCCUCUUAUCAAGAGCGAACUUUGGGACAUGGGGACCUUUGCUUUCAAGAAAAUUUGGCCAGACAGAACUUUACCAGACGACCAUUUCUUCAUCGUCAUGAAUUCCCUCACCCUCCUUAGGGCAUAUCUCGGUCUUCGCGUUUGUACUAUGGCGUUCGGAAAGGUGGAUGAAGGCUUAGAGAAUAUCCCAUCUGAGUGCGUAUCAUUGGGAGAGGUGCUAUUGUUAAUAUUGUGGAGGGAUACGGAACCCGAGGCAUCCUGUCCAACGCUAAGUCAAGUGCAUUUUGUGGAGGCGAAGCUUAAGCGCUCACCGAGAUGGUGGGUGGAAGUUCCACAUCUUUGAUGAACAGUGUGCCAUCAUUCCAUGGCUGACUAUAUUACCUACGCCACUUGUACCAACCUCAUUCAUUUUUUGCGGUAGAACUUAUAACUCUUGCACGUCAUCGAUCAUCUGUGAUACAUACACUCAACAUGAGACUGGACAAUAUAUCGAUAUUGCGGACG